AACCGGUUCUCAGCUCAGCACAUGCGGCUCCGAACCCGUUGUGCCUCGCAGUCGCAGCUGUGUAUUGAAGUCGAUCUUAUAACAAGAUAGCAACAAUAUAAUCUGUAGUCUCCGUGUUUCUAGCGUCAGAAAUUACGAAACGUUUACUGUGGGUCUUCUCCUGGUUUCUUAUUAAGUCUCCUCAUCGCGACGUCAGAUGUGUUUCGCUCAGGUGACUACAAAGUCGAAAUGGCAACCGACAGAUCUACCGAAUCUGAUAAUCGAAGAAUUAUGACUUUUGGCAGUAACUGUCAGUUUGUUUACUCUAAUGCUGACUUUAUUGGAAAAGGAGCCUUUGGCAUUGUUUACAAAGCGGUAAUUACAGAGCAGGGCGAUUAUAAUGGAGAAGCCGUUGCGGCUGUUAAAGCUAUUCAUCUACCCCCAAACUCCGAAAUUUAUACGGACGCAGAAAAUUGGACGAAAACGCUUGCCAGAUUAAGCAUGCUUCCUCAGUUGGUGCACAAACACUUGAUACCGUACCACCAAAUCCGUAUUACGAAAUUUGCUGCCGGAGCAAUGAUAGAGAUACUGAUGGAGCGCUGUAGCGGUGACCUCGCAUCACUUUUGAAGCAAGCCCAAGAAAGCGAAGCUUUGCAAUACGAUGAUGUCGAAAGGUACUGUGUCGAAAUAGCAACGGGAGUAGAUUUCUUGCAUCGUCGGGGAAUAAUCCAUGGAGAUUUGAAACCUGGAAACAUCCUGGUCAGGGGUCUGGCCGCCGGUGGCAAAACGCUACUAGUUGGUGACCUGGACGAUUUAAUCCAAAUGCAAGAAAGCACCACCUGCUCCAAAGAUAUACUGCAGUUGCGCGGAACUGUACGCUACAUGUCACCCGAAAUGCUGAAAAAAUUCGGCCAAGUUGAAGCAGUCAAUCCGGGACGGAAAACUGAUAUCUGGAGCUUAGGUUGCAUUAUGUUGGAGAUCGCCGAAUGCUGUCUAGAAAGCAAGACCAAUAAAAAACGGUUGGAAAAGAACGGAGAAGCGGUCAGUGUAACAAACGUUCCCAACUCGCGCUUUACCUUAUUAAUACUGGAUGGCUAUGUGCCAUUUGUCCAAGCUGAAGUGCCGCGGAAGUUAGCCGCUUGCAUCCGCCUGUGCUUACAGCAUAACCCCAGAGAACGGAUAUCGGCCGAAGGACUGUUGCACACCUUCUCAGUUGGAGACGUUAAUAAAUCAGAAAAGAGCAUACCUAUCCAAACUGCCGAUGCUGACAUUGUCAUAAUACAGUGCAGUAAUGGUGUCAUCGGGGAUGGCGUUAAAGCGGUGGUAUUUGAUCCAGUGACAAACCAAAUUCGAGUUCUUGAGACGCCCCUACCAAAGAACCUCUUAUUUGUUUUCCCCCAGUUGACGUUACCGAACAGUGGAAUCAUAUUUAAAGACGAGUUGGAUGGCAUGGGCAUGAGCGAACAUGACCUUUGCUUGUGGAACAUAUCUGAUGGAACCAUGAGCGAUUUCUCGCUGAACGAGGUCCCAUGGCCAGGGUCUUCGCGCUGGUUCUGUCCGGUUGUGGUUAACGACACGAUUUACUAUAUGCGCUGUAAUCAGUAUGACGACUGUCAUUUCUUUGUGGCAGAAGAUAUACACAGCAGCAGCAUUAUUUUGGAGAGAUCAAGCCCGAUUAAAGGGUUUAGCGUGGAAGCAGUGGCUGAGUUGGACGGAAAGAUAUUAUAUGCUCACAACAGUCGGGAUAGGGAGUUAGUGGAGUUAGAUCUCUAUGAUCCGAUGGCGGACCAAUGGACAUCCUUACAACCCCUUCCACAGCGUCGGGAAAUGUUUGGUAUGGCUGUCGUGAGAGGGUACAUCUACAUUCUUUCCGGCUGCGUGACAUCGGUAUUCGAAUCGGCUGUAAUGCCUUCCUGCAUUCGUUUGAACAUCGAAACGUCCAUGUGGGAGGACAUUCAGACCCUGCAGCGACCGCGCCAUAGCCAUUCAGCCUGCGUUGUUAACGAAAGGAUAUACGUCUGCGGCGGCAAAAAUAAUGGCAAUGCGGAUGAAUAUUCAAUAGAAAUGUACGACACCACCGACAACGGAUUCUGGUCAACUGUCGCACUAUCCGCGCAGGAUGAACGCCUGCUGCGGCGCACCGUUGGUGGAUUCGCGAUAAGAGGCGUAGCAGUUGCUAAGUAAUACUAUCUCGUUGUGGAGAGAAUAGUUCGUAUUGGCCUUUUGCAUUGUUCUGUAUCCCUGUAUCCGCCUCGCAUCAGCCUUCGCCACUCAUCAUCAACAGAAGGUUCCACCAAAAAUAUAUACGACCCAACUUAAAGCUUUGCCCAGAUGUAUUAUUCCUGGAUGGUGAAGGUGGCAUAUGGAUGGUGCUGACGUGGACUGGAAAGCGCAGACGCCGUUGGCGUCUGCACAGAUACGGUACAUAUGCACCGGGUAUCUGGGCAACAGAUCAUCCGCGGCGAAAGAAUUUUAUUUCCCGACGAGGCGAGUGACAGCUCGCCGAUCUCGGUUACAUUGUGCAGAGUAACACAAUAGCAUUCAAAUGACCCUUAUGUAAUAGUCUUUUUCGGUACUGCAGAGUGUAAUGGCUUUAGUGUUUUGUAGUGAGAAUUAAUAGUGCCAUUAGCGUUCGCCACUUUAAUUUUCUCAUGUAGCGUAAUCCACUGGUCUUUACGGAUACACGAAAAGGGCAUCGUUAUUUGCCAGCAACCUACUCAU